AGCGCGUUCCAUUUUCCGGGUUUUCUUUCGAUCGAGUGCCAGCCAGCCGGAAGUAGUGGUAUGAGUGGCGUGCGCGAUCGGUGUUCCACGAAUCGUUAUCGAUAAGGUUACUCUUUGGGUUUUAAUAUGGAUCGGAGAUUAUAUAACGUUUUAUUCAUCGUUAUCGGAUUGUCGAUAAUUCUACCUGAAGGCCAUGGAGCAUCGCGACCAAUCAAGAUUGGCGCAAUCUUUCACACGGGUGACGAGGAGAUCAGGGCUGCGUUUGAAAGGGCUGUAGGCGAGUCGAAGAUCGAACACGUUGCGCCCACGUUCGAGUUGCAGUACGUCAUCAAGAUGGUGGAUGUUAAUACAGACAGCUUCAGGACCGCCGCCGCAGCUUGUGAGCUCAUCCAGGAAGGUGUGGCGGCGAUCUUUGGCCCUGUGAGUCCCUACACCCACGGAAUUGUCGCGAGCACUGCGGCACGCUUCGAUAUUCCGCACAUCGAUUUUACAUGGCGACAGAACGAGGAACUGCAGGUCGACCAGGAACCGAAAAAUCCGACACCGAUGACCAUUAACGUAUAUCCCGAUAGCGAGAUGAUUGGCAAGGCGAUCGCUGACGUGGUCGAAUCCAUGAAAUGGACCACUUUUACGGCGGUCUACCAAACCAACGACGGUCUAUCGCGGAUCAAACAAGCCCUGACAAUCAGACGGAACAAAGACAGCAUCAUUACGAUAAGGAGACUCGGCGAAGGGCCGGAUUAUCGACCUAUCUUGAAGGAGCUUCGAGCUCUAUCCAUCUGCAACGUGAUCGUCGACGUUGAACCGAAUAACAUCAUCGAUGUGCUCUAUCAAGCGAAAGAGGUCAAGCUGCUGGAGGACUACUGUAAUUUCCUAAUUACAUAUCUGGACUCGACAAAGUUGCCGAUCUCGGACGUGCGAAACGGAACCUCGGUGAACAUCACUGGGCUCAGCUUGAGGGAGAAGGACCUGGAUGGAAUUAAUUUGGUGGAAUCGGCCGUUCUCUACGAUUCUGUAUUCCUGCUGUUCAACGCGUUGGAGGCUCUGAACGCAAGGAACAAGGACAGCGAGGAGCCCGUAACCAUUGACCCGGUACCGCUCUCUUGUGAAAAUACAGAGAAAUACAGCGCAGGUCCCAACAUUACCAACCUCAUGCGCGAGCUGUCGAAGGAAGGUAGGAUUACAGGGCCAAUAACGAUCAACGAGAAUGGUCGUCGUGACUAUUUUAAUAUCAAAAUCAUGGACGUGAGGUCAGGGAAGAGCGUUCAAAUCGGAUAUUGGGAUCCAGAUGGAAUUCACACGGUAGGCAGCGAAGAGGAACGUGAGAACUACUGGUACAAGUCCAUCGAGCAGAAGAAGUUCAUGAUUACCACCAAAGUGGGUCCACCGUACAUAAUGGAAGUGACGGAUAGCGCAACACGGGGCAUCCUGAUCGAUCAAACACGUUACGAAGGGUUCUGCAUCGAUCUUAUCGAGGAGAUUUCCAAGCUGCUGAAUUUUAAAUACGAAUUUGAGUUAGUGCCGGACAAAAACUACGGUACAUACAACCCGGAAACGAAACAGUGGAAUGGCCUUAUCAGACGUCUGUUGGAUCACGACGCCGAUCUCGCUAUUUGCGAUCUGACUAUUACUUACGAACGGGAGAGCGCCGUUGAUUUCACGAUGCCGUUUAUGAAUCUAGGUAUCAGCAUUUUAUUCAGAAAGCCCGAAGAAAAGGAGCCAGAUCUCUUCUCGUUCCUGUCACCGCUGUCAACGGACGUCUGGAUUUACAUGGCGACUGCUUUCUUGGCAGUUUCAAUAAUGCUGUUCCUGCAAGCUAGAAUGGCGCCCGGUGAAUGGGAUAAUCCACACCCCUGCAAUCCCGAUCCUGAGGAAUUGGAAAACAAUUUGGACUUAAAUAAUUCUAUGUGGCUCACCGUUGGCUCUAUCAUGCAACAGGGCUCUGAUAUACUUCCCAAAGCACCUUCGAUUCGUAUGGUAGCUGGCAUGUGGUGGUUCUUCACGUUGAUCAUGGUUUCGUCGUAUACUGCCAAUUUGGCCGCGUUCCUUACUGUCGAUAAAAUGGACAAUCCGAUCAAGGGCGCAGAGGACUUGGCCAAGCAAACGAAAAUUAAAUACGGGGCUGUUGCUGGCGGAUCCACUUCUGCAUUCUUCCGAGAUUCUAAUUACUCAACCUAUCAACGUAUGUGGGCUGGAAUGAUGGAUGCACGACCGAGUGUGUUCACUAAGUCCAAUGACGAGGGUGUCGAACGAGUUUUGAAGAAAUACGAUUACGCCUUUCUCAUGGAAUCCACCACAAUCGAGUACAGGAUGGAAAGAAACUGCGACCUUGAUAAGGUUGGAGGGCUUAUUGAUAACAAAGGAUACGGGAUUGCUUUGCCUCGAAAUUCGCCAUACAGAACACCCAUAAGCGGCGCGAUAUUGAUGCUGCAAGAGAAAGGGGUGCUGCAAGACCUGAAAAAUAAAUGGUGGCAGGGCCACGGGGGUGGAUUGUGCGCAAAGGGCAUUGCAGAACCAGUGAACUCGAGCGAGUUAGGGUUGGCUAACGUUGGUGGUGUGUUCCUGGUUCUUCUGUUUGGAUGCUGUGGAUCGUUCGUCAUCGCCAUCUGCGAAUUCCUCUGGAAUAUACGCAGUGUCGCUGUGAACGAAAAGGUCACUCCAUGGGAGGCGCUGGUAGCAGAAUUAAAAUUCGCCGUGAACAUUUGGGCGGAGACGAAACCCGUUAAAAUCUCGAAAAGUAGUGGCACGAGUUCGAUGGAGGGUGGCAUCGGCAGAGCGGCGUCCACUGCACGCUCUAUAGUCGGCUCUUUCCUUCGUCUGGACAUGUUGGACAAAUUCGACAAAGAUAACAGCACGAAUAAUCGCAACAACGAUCGUAAGAUUAACUAAGGUUAAGCUGCCCAUCGAUCGACGCUUCGCUGCUGUAGAACAGCGUUUCCCAACCUUUUUCACCAUAACGCCCCAUCACGAAAUCUUUUUUGACCCGACAUUCCUUCCCCCUUGGUUUACAAAUACAACGAUUCUAUAAUGCACCUAAUUUUGGUAUUUAAAUUGCUGGCCACGCUCAUUAUUGUUAAUUUGGAGUGAGGGCAAAGCAAUGACCACAAUCGAAGUGGUUAUAAAACUACACUGUGGAGCAUAACUAUAGCACCACUAUAAUUUUCAAGAGUUUUGUAGUUGUAACUAAUGAUUUCUAAAUGUUAAUAAUACCACGUGAA